GUGUCCGUUUACGUACACAAUUGGUUGUUCUGCUCUUUUAAAUACAUGUAUAUUAACGCUCGCUGCUGGACCUAUACAGCUGCACAUGCACACAGUGACUCCAGUUUGAACUGAGGGAAACACGUAAAUCAGGAGGCACUACUACAAACAGACGAAGCUUUUCAGUUUGUUAAGGUUAACCAGCGAUUAAGUUAGUAUGGAAGCACUGGGUAGCGUUCUCUUUGUGUUGGUGGCCACUUUGGGGCUGCUCGCAGCAUAUCUUCUCUAUGAACCUGUACCUGAUGGCAUUACGGAGCCAACGAAAUACAGAUCAUUCAGGGCGAUAUCAAGAUUCAUGAAACUUCUGAUUUCCAUAUCUCACCUUGCACAUCGAGAUGAGCCCUUUGCCAGUUACUAUGUCAAGUGUUUGCGAUAUUUCUUUGACAAGGGCGCCCCGAAACCACCAGCAGAGGUGGAAGGUUCAAGCAUCAGGUCGCGGGUCAUUGACCUCGGUGGGGUCAAAGCCAGAUUGUAUGAGCCAAUCAAGAGGAGUGGUUCUGACCUGAUGCCAGCUUUUAUCUACAUCCAUGGAGGAGGGAUGUGCAUUGGCAGCGCAGAUGCAUACGAUGGACUAACAAGAUCCCUUGCAGAAGAGCUAGACACCGUGGUUGUUUCUAUAGAUUAUCGUCUCGCUCCCGAGCACCCUUUCCCGAUAGGUCAUGAGGACUGUGUAGCAGCCACACGGUACUUCAUGCAACAUGCCGAAAACGACUACCAUGUCGACCAGCGGCGCAUCGGCGUCGGUGGUGACAGUGCUGGUGGUCAUCUCUCCGCGUCCGUGGCCAACGACAUCCACGAUGACCCUUCCUUACCCGACCUCAAGCUCCAAGUCCUUAUCUAUCCCUCGAUGCAAAAGAUUGAUCUCAAUACCCCGUCUUAUCAGAAGUACACGGCUGAUUUCGGCGGGUCGGGCAUCCUCCCCUUGCAUCUCGGCAUCAGCUUCUCCAACCUCGCCUCAGUGGGAAAGAUUGACCAAGAAUUUAUGAAAAACGCGGCCAAAAACAACCAUACGUCAUCCGAAUUCAAGAAAACAUCACUGGAGUACAAGUACGUCGAUCACAACCAGAUCCCAGCGGAAUUCCGGGAUCCCAGAUAUUACAAGACAAGGAAUGAUCCACAAACCGGCGACGCAGCGCUUUGGGAGCGCAUCUCACAUAUCCUCCUUGAUGCGCGUAGCGCGCCGUUGAUGAGACACGAUCUGACGGGAGUUCCCCCUGCUUACGUCAUCACGUGUGGUUUUGACUCGCUUCGAGAUGAUGGUAUCUUCUACAAGAAUCGACUGGAAGAGGCAGGGGUAGCGGUCACGUGGUCUCACUAUGAGGGGGCCUUUCAUGGGAUUCUGUGGUUGAGCAAUGCAGUACGUUUCACACUUGGGGAAAACAUGCGCAAGGACAUCGUUGCUUAUUUCAAAGAAAAUAUAUAAGAGUCGACACAAAUAUAUAAGGGUCGACACUUUAAAUCGAAAGUAUCAGAAUCUUAAUCUUUGAAAACUUUUCAUGUCUUUAAUAAUCUUUGAUAAAUGAUGAGACGGUGAAAUUUCUCAUCCCAAAGAUGAACAAGCUCAAAAUACUGAAUAAAAACAGACUUGACGAUGUAGAUUAGCAAUAAAGUUCCGAUGGCAUGUAUAAUACGAUUGUGAAUGAUACAUAACUCAAAUCUUAUACUAAUACAAAAAAAAAUCUUCAUAUAUCACACUUCUAUCAAAAUUCAAAUUGGAGAUUUAGGUAUACCAUAGUGUUUUCCUAUAAUAUGUGUAUGCAUGUAAUACCGAGUACAGGGAAUGAAUAAAGGAAAAGACAUUGUGGUAUAGUAGCGGAGGCUUUUUAAGUAUCAAAGAAUACGACAGAAAGUAGAUGAAAGAAUAAUAGUUUUCUUUUGAUUAUUCAGAAUUUCGAUCAGGUAGGAUUUACAUUUUAAAAUUCAGCCUCUACAAGUAUCGGAAUUUCUCCAUUAAUAUAGUUGCUGUCGGGUGGUAAGAAGUACGAUGGUAGAGGAAUCUGGAGAGGGGGUAUCAUCUCUGGCCGUUGGGGGAUGUGUUUAGGGUAAGCUGGGUUUUCUUUGUUUAAUGCCUUUAUCUUUCAUGAUGUUAUGUUUAUAUCUUAUUCUCUGUUCAUCUUUCUAUUCUUUUAUAAUUGGUUGUAAUCACUAUUGUGCCUCAAUUAUAAUGAAAAUCAAUGAAAUAUAAUGGAUAAAAAAGACUAAUAAUAACAAAAGAUGAGAUGCAAACACUGUGUCACUGGAAUGAAUAACAUUUACGAGGACAAAAAGGAUAAAUGAUAUUGAAAAUUCUAUCCUACG